AACUGUUUACUUCCUGUUGGUGUGGAGCCUGUGGCUGAGUUCCCUGGUGCUCUUCCUAUCCAAGAAGAUGGCCCUGGAGACGGUGCCAAAGGACUUGCGGCAUCUGCGGGCGUGUUUGCUAUGUUCUCUGGUCAAGACUAUAGACCAAUUUGAAUAUGAUGGUUGUGAUAAUUGUGACACAUACCUACAAAUGAAGGGUAAUCGAGAGAUGGUAUAUGACUGCACCAGCUCUUCCUUUGAUGGAAUCAUUGCCAUGAUGAGUCCAGAGGACAGCUGGGUCUCCAAGUGGCAGCGAGUCAGUAACUUUAAGCCGGGUGUAUAUGCAGUGUCAGUCACUGGUCGCCUGCCCCAAGGAAUCGUGCGGGAACUGAAAAGUCGAGGAGUGGCCUACAAAUCCAGAGACACAGCUAUAAAGACCUAGCAAGAUGCAGGGCUGCCAGCAUCUUUUCUCUCCACCUCCUGCCUCUACUUAUUUUUGGGUUUUUGGACUGGACAGGCAGGCUUCAAAGACUCACUGCCCUCCAUCUUGGAGAAUCAGUAGACUGUUGAGAAAGCAGUUUCCUGUCCCUGGGGCAUUUCACUUCGUUGGACGACUUACUGGUGGAGGUGGGAGGGUUUGGGCUGGUGGAUUCACAGAGACUGAAUUGAGAGUAGGAUGUUGGUUUUCCUACGCAUACCCUCGGACAAGACUCUGGGUUAAAUAUCAAUAAAUGCGAACUCCUGAGAAUUUCUUAAAGCCUUGACAUGUAACAUGGCUCCAUUUCCCUCAGUGGGGCAUAGUGAGGUCUCCUUUGUUCUGUGAGCACUGUGCCAGUGCAGCAAAGACCCUUUGCUCCUGUUGCUGGGCCUCCAGGGCCACAGCCUUCUAAAUGUGUUUGCUUGGGACUCUUUGAAAGGCCCACUUUUCCUGGGUGAGGUGACCCCUCAGUGUGAUAAUCUUGGUGUCCAGUAGUCAUGUUUUUCUGCCUUCUAGAACAGUCUUGCUUACAGAAAUCAAAAUCUGGGCUGGGGACUUGGCUCAGUAGUGCCUGCACCUGCCUUGGAGACUCAAAUCCUGGUACAAAAAAAGAGCAAGAAAUAAAAAUCUGUAGGCUUUUUUUGUGUUCAUUGCCC